AUCACAAAUUACUUGACAGAAUGUUUUCUAUAAAAAUUUUCGUUUCUAUAUUAAUAGUUUUACACUUGACCAGCAAUACCGCAUUGUCCAAAACCUUAAGAUCCAAUCGAGUUACGCUAUCACAGAAGUUUCAGGCUGAUGAAGUGACAGAAGACGAUGAUAACUUUCACUUUUUAAUCACCGGGGGCUAUCGCCCAAAAGACAAUAAGCUUGCUAAAUAUACCGUAUUCUUGACCAGGGAUGAGCCAAUAGAGUUUUUUUUUGGGACUAACCUAAUAUGCGCUGGGUCAAUAAUAGCAAAGGACAUUGUUUUGAGUGCAGCACAUUGCUUUUUUAAUGAUUCAAAUGGUGACAGAUUUGCUGAUGAACGAUUUAAGGCCGUCGCUGGCACACCGCGUCGUUUAGAACGGACAAACAAUACUCAAAUAAUACCAGUUAGAAAAGUCAUACCGCAUCCAGGUUAUUAUUACAAGUAUAAUUUUCAUGACAUUGCAGUAUUAAAAUUGGUAAAGAGCUUCAUCAUUAACGAUGAAUUUGUUGCUGUAAUACCGAGAAUGGAUGAACCUCCAUGGGUCCGACUAUCAUGCACUGUAGUCGGCUGGGGUUUAAUGUAUGAGUUUGGUCCCGAGCCCAACGAGUUAUUAUGUGCAAAUGUAGAGAUUCUAUCAAAGUCUACGUGUGCAAAGAAAGAAAUAACUUUCUUCUUGGGCCAAAUAUGCGCUGCCAAUCCAGAUGAUUAUGGGAUUGACGCCUGCCAAGGCGAUUCCGGGGGUCCACUAUUUUGCAAUGGCAAGCUGGUUGGUAUUGUCUCCUACGGUGCCGGGUGUGGUCGUAAAGAUAAGGCUGGGUACUACGCUGAUGUGUAUUAUUACAAAAAUUUUAUAGACGAUAAUGUAGCAACUCAUUCAAAGGCGUUAAAUUGUUGGUACUAUCGACUUCUUAUUGCGUUGUCUAAAUAUAUUUACUAACUA